CCCUGUGCUUGUGCCGCCUUCGGCCGGAGAAACUCCGGUCCCGGCUGCUCCUCCUUGGUUUGAAAAUCAAGGAAUGAGAUCAUCACUUAGUAGUAGUCUGCUGCACUCAACUUCACCCAGCAUAUAACAAUGAAUCGCCCUGCUUGGUUGAUGCAUCUGUCGUUCGAUAUAGACCUCCGUCGUAGGAGUGUCCAUGAUUUUUGUUCGUUCCGCCCUCCCUAGAUCGAUAUACAUUUUCUGCAAUCGAUCUCUGCCAUGAAGUCCUUCUCGGUCGUCCUAGCGGCGUCGCUUGCCUUCUUACCUUCUCUGUCGCGUGCUCAAUCCUCCUCAAGCUGUGGUCCUGCCCCGUCAGGCUCCAUUCAGCCGUCGCUCGCCUCCGGAUUCUCUUACCAGGUCGUCGCAACAGGCCUCUCGACACCCCGCGGAAUAUUGCUCGAUGGUGCAGGAAAUCUGUUAGUGGUAGAAUCAGGAAGAGGUGUUGUAUCCGCCCAUACACUGAAUGAGCAAAAUGGCUGUGUCUCUGUCAGCACGUCUUCUGACGUUACAGCCAAUAUGAGUCUGAAUCACGGUAUUGCAUUGUCAGGUGACGGCAACACGCUUUAUGCAUCUUCUCCUGAAAGCGUCUAUUCCUGGAGCUAUGAUGGGAGUGCAAAGACUGUCUCAAACGAAGAGACAAUCGUGGCGAAUAUGACCACGAAUGACCACACCACAAGAACUUUGUUGCUGUCUCAAAAGGCUCCCGGUUUGCUCGUUGUCACAAGAGGAAGCACAGCCAAUAUUGACUUCGAGGCUGCGAGUCUGAGUUCAGGCCAUUCACAAGUAAAAGCGUUCAACCUGCAAAACAGAACAAGUAUGUAUGAUUUUGAUACCGACGGUCUGCGCUUAGGUUGGGGUUUGAGAAACGACGUCGGGGUUGCUGAACAUCCCGGAAGUGGAGGUAUCUACACCGUGGAGAACUCAGCCGACCAGCAGACCCGCAUGGGUGUUGAUAUACACGAGAAUAAUCCUGCUGAGGAGCUGAACUUUUUGGGCUAUCUCAAUGGCACCAGCUAUGCUGGACAAGGAGGCAAUUUCGGAUACCCAUGGUGCUUCUCUGCAUGGAACAUCUCUGAGUUGCCUGACAACAGCAACCUUACUGUGGGCAGCCAAUACGCCAUUGAUGCAUCCUCGGACUCCGACAAUCAGAAUCGAACAGACGCCUAUUGUGCCCAGCAGGAGGCGGCACGUCUGGUGUUCCAAGCCCACAUGGCGCCGCUGGACAUCAAGUUCAAUAACAGUGGAGCGGAGGCCUGGGUCACUUUCCACGGUAGCUGGGACAGAACUGUUCCUGUUGGAUACAAGAUGUCUGUGAUCUCGUUCAAUGAGGAUGGAGAACCUGUGGAUAGCAUCACAAGUCUGACUGCAGCACGGGAUGUCUUUGCCAACGAGGACAAUUCGAAGUGUCCAGGUGGUUGCUUUCGCCCUGUUGGCAUGGCCAUUGACCCACAAGGACGGAUAUAUGUGUCUUCUGACGCAUCCGGCGAGAUAUAUCUGAUAUCCAAAGCCUCGGGAGCCACUAUCCCUGGAGCGUCCUCAACCUCAUCAGGAACUGCAACUGCCACAGCAUCGACAUCGGCAUCGGCAUCGGCAACGUCGAGUGGUGCUGCAAACAUCGUCGGCGCCCCCAUGUCCGACCGUUUCGGCGUCCUCGCCUACCUGCUACCUCUGAUCGCGUGGAUGCUAUGAAGUAGCUGGAAACGUUGAGAGCCCAAUGACUUAUAGUCAGGAAGCUUACA